AUGGGUGCAACAUUUACAGAAAUGACAUCUGGAGGUCGAUUGAGGGUGCGGGAUGAUGCAAUCAAUAUGCAAGGCGGGACAGUUUUCCUGCAGGUUGCUGUGAAGAAGGUUGUUGAUACCCUCGAUCCCGACAAUGCGGUGUCUCGGUGUCUCGGGUCGGCGCUUUGGUGCCCGAUAGGUGCCCUUACAUUAUUCGAUUCUUCUUUGUGA